AUGGGAGAGAAGCAGGAAGAAGAGAAGUCGAAGAGAGAGAAUCGAGAUCAAGGAUCAGAAAUCAAUUAUCAAGAUCAGGAUCAAGAUCAGGGCAGGGCAGGAAGACUGCAGGUAAGUAAGAUGAACCAGGCGAGCGAGAGAGCCGUCUUCUUCUUAUUGAUGGCCGAUUCGAGUGAAACGACGUCUAUCUAUUUAUAUCCUCUUGGACCAAAAACUAGGCUGAACAGCGUAUAA